UACACGCUCCAAGCAGUCGCUUUUAAAACGUGGAACAGAGUGCUUGUUAUUUCGAAGUUUAAAAAUCGAAUUUAUUUGUUUUUAAAAUGAAGUGGCUGAUAUCUAUAUCAGCCCUGAUUGUGGUGACGUUCUCGUUCGUCACGGGUCAACGACCUUCCUUCGCAGGAUCUCGUCCCAUCGGGUUUCCUGAGACGCCAAACAGGACGACCACAACCGUCGAUCCUCUUUCAGACCGUUUCGGCGAAGGCACAACACAAAGACUGCCAAUCGAGGCGAAUGGAGACAGGGACCUGAUUGACAGGCUCAGCAAGCUACCUAUAGACAAACAACCAUUUUGGUUCAUCAACUGGCAAGCUCUAGAAGCGCAUAGACAGAAACCACAGACGUAUCCACAAAGACCUAACCCCUUCAUAGACACAGUUCCACUAAAUUCUAAUAGAUUCCCAACACCUUCAUCACAAUCUUUGCCCACCACAGAACAAAUUGUUAAUAGAUUUGGAUCCACACCUACCUCCGGUCAAUUCUCAGCUCAAUCUAAUUCGCAAUUCAAUUUCAAUAGCCAAACUAGCAUUAAACCUACCGGUCAAAUUACACCCCAAAGUCAAAGUCAAAAUAACCCCAAUCAAGUUCCGCCACCUCAAAUCCUUCCCGUAUAUCAAAUUAACCCUUACAGUCAAAAUCCGAAUGGAGUAGGUCAAUGGACUCAAUCGAGUCAAAGUUUGCCAAAUAUUUCUACUCCUGGUAAUCAGAACAACCCAUUUGUACCCCAAGGACCACUCAAUCCUAACGUCCAAAUUACUCCCACGGGUCAAAACAGUCAAUUUAAUUUCACUUCCAGUUCAAGUUCUAAUACGGCGGUUAAUAAAAAAAAUGGCGCCGUAGAAACUACUCAGAAUUAUAAAUGGAAUUAUUUUACUUCACACAAUACUCAUACGACACAUUUUAUUAAAUAUCCUGACUAUUAUGUUCAGACUAACCCUAAUACUAAGAGGACUGGAAGUGAAGUCUAUUAAAUAAGUUAGUGUAAGAAAGAGAUAGGUAUAUGUCUCUCAGUAGUCGCUUCGUUUGAACAAUGUCAUAUACAUAAACAUACAAGCCGAAUUUAGAAAGUUUUUUGGAAAGUCGGUUUAUAAUAUGAUUUGUCAUAGUGAUCACCAUAUGGAUUACUGAGUAACAUCUCUCUAUCUAUUUCUAGUAAUUAUAAGAAAAAAACACGAAUAUUUAAUUUAAUAAAACAUUUUUAUUGACUUUUUUAAAUAAAUAAA